AUGGCACAGGUUCAACGGCCUCUGAUUAUCCAGUCGCAGAUGAUACGACUGUGCUGUCCGCGUACGGCCAGAAAGACACGCAGCGCAUUGUUUGCUAGAGGGAGUUGCUACCGGAAGCUGCAUACCAAGACGGUUACCGACAACGACAUCUCGCACUUGGCAAGCUUGCCGUUGCAUCCGUUGACGCUCGCCGAUCUAGUCAAACACGGAAGACCUCCGCUCACAACCCAACAACUCCUCACAUCCGCCAACUUUACCCUCUCGAUCCUGCCCGCCCGCCUCGCGCACCGAAUACAAUCGCUCCGCAACCUCCCGUUUAUCGUUGUAUCUAAUCCUCAUGUCUCCAAGAUACACUCGAAUUACAUGCAUAGCUUGUCGACGCUUUUACCAUGGGCCGAGCAGGAGAUAACGACGCUGGAGGAGGAAGUCAAGUUUACGGAGGUCAUGGCAGACCUGGUACAAACACAUGCCAAUACUAUUAGUAUACUGGCAAGAGGGUUUUUAGAGGCUAGGAAGUACAUCAGUCCCAAGGAUGUGACGCGUUUCCUGGACGAGCAUCUACGAGCGCGCAUAGGCACGAGAUUGAUUGCAGAGCAACACCUCUCGCUGCAUUUCUCCAGUCAACCGCAUUGCGAUGUGAUGCACGACGUAGACGAGAACCCAGGAUAUAUUGGUGUUAUCGAUACUAGGCUCAGGCCUGCGAGGAUUGUAGAUCAUUGCGCAAACGUGGUGGGCGAAAUCUGCGAGCUGAAAUACGGCGUCCGACCGACCAUUGUCAUCAACGGCGAACCCGACUACGAAUUUGCGCAUAUACCUGUUCACCUCGAAUACAUCAUCACUGAACUGCUCAAGAACGCGUUCCGCGCGACAGUAGAGAGUGGCAUGGAGCGCGAACCCAUCGAAGUGACCAUUGCCCCACUUCCGGAACUCGUACCUGAGGAUAGGAGAAGCGAGAACGUAGAAGACGUUCGCAAUAAGAAGAUUGAAAAUGAGGACCAGGGAAACGUAGACCAAGUCUCGCAGCGCUUCACAGGCAACAACUCGCCUACACCGCCUCCACCCGACUCGAACAUCCUCCCCCUCAAGCACAGCACGCCGGGAGUAACAAUAAGAAUCCGCGACCGAGGCGGUGGCAUCUCCCCCGACAACCUCUCGCAUAUCUGGGACUACAGCUUCACGACCUUCAACGACGCGCAAGCAACCUCGACCCUCUCAGGUGGUAAUAACUCAGCCAACGGCAUGGAUGCGCUAAACGCUUUUUCAGGAGCAGGCGGUGAUGGAGUGAACAGUCUGGCUGGGCUGGGCUAUGGAUUGCCGCUGGGGAGGGCCUACGCGGAAUACUUUGGUGGGGGUAUUGCGGUACAAAGUCUCUGGGGAUGGGGUACCGAUGUGUACCUUAGUUUGAGGGGUGUGGGGAGGGUAGACACUGUGCAGGAGGCCAAGGAGAGCGCAAGGAGGAAGCAGAAAUGA